GGGAGCAGAGCCCGGGCGCGGCGGGGGCGCGGGGCCGGACGCGGAGCGCGGGGCGAUGCUGCAGCAACAUCCUCGCACCGAAGUGUGACGGGAGCCGGCCGGAGGCACCUGCUUCCCGGGGGAGUGACUCGGGUGAGCCAGGGAUGGCACAUCUGGAGGUGGGGCACCUCGGGAAGCCGCUGGGUCCGUCUGCGUUUCGCCGAGAUGAGCCCGGAGAAGCGGGCGCUGCGCGGGCUGCCCGGGGCGGCCGCGGGGCUGAUCGAUGCCUCACUCAGCACCGAGGCCACGCAGAUGACAAAUGCGACGGCUGCCGGAGACACAGGACACGUCUGUGCCGCCCUCCCCUGGGACUCUCAGAGUCGAUGGAGUUUGUUACCUUAGCGUUGUUUCCUCUCUCCGAAGGGCAGCUUUCUGGCAGUGCUGCCUGGCAGACAAGGACCCAGCCCCUGGCAGGGGCAGGGUCUCGGCACCGCGAUUUGUUUGGCCAGCGGUGGGAAGGGAAGCCCCCGGCACAGCCCGCAGCCUCUCAGCUGACAGCGGACAAGAGCGAGGAGGUGGAUAAGGGCAGGCGGCUUCUCCGAGCCGAGCUCCGAGGGGAAAGCAGCGGCGGGAUUUCAUUUGCCUGCCUCUUAAGGCAGUGAAGUCUCCAUCCCCUCCCACGCUCCCUCCCCAGCCCUGACCCUGUCCGGCGCAGGGGUGGUGGGACCUCAGCGAUCGUCCAUCUGGAGUUUCCCAACGAGCCCCAUGAAUCUCUAUGUCAACUGCUCCAGCUCCGAGUUCCCCCUGCCCCGGCAAGACUUCCCUGUGGAGCCCAUCAGCCCUGAUCUCAGCAACAGGACUCACCCAGAGACCUUUUUUGACCCUAAGGAUGCCAACCUGACAGAGGAGCAGCUGCGGGACAAGUACCUGGGACCUCGGCGGUCCAACUUCUUUGUCCCAGUCUGUGUCAUUUACCUGCUGAUCUUCUUGGUGGGGGCAGUGGGCAACACGCUCACCUGCAUCGUCAUCCUGCGGCACCGGUUCAUGAGGACGCCCACCAACUACUACCUGUUCAGCCUGGCCGUGUCUGACCUGCUGGUGCUGCUGCUGGGGAUGCCUCUGGAGCUCUACGACAUGUGGAGCAACUACCCCUUCCUGCUGGGGGCCAGCGGCUGCUAUUUCAAGACGCUGCUCUUCGAGGCCGUCUGCUUCGCCUCCAUCCUCAACGUCACCGCGCUGAGCGUGGAGCGCUACAUCGCCGUGGUGCACCCGCUCAAAGCCAAGUACGUGGUGACCAGGAACCACGCCAAGAGGGUCAUUGUCACCAUCUGGGUCUUGUCAGUCGUCUGCUCCAUCCCCAACACCAGCCUCCACGGGCUGCAGCCUCUCUACGUGCCAGGACGGGGGCGGGUGCCCGACUCGGAGAUCUGCACCCUGGUGAAACCACGCUUGACUUACAAUCUCAUCAUCCAGGUCACCACCAUCCUCUUCUUCUUCCUGCCCAUGGGGACCAUCAGCGUCCUCUACCUUCUUAUUGGCCUGCAGCUCAAAAAAGAAAAGAUGCUGGAAGCCUUGGGAGCCAAGACCGACAGCAGCCGCAACUGCCACAACCCCCAGGGGCAGAAGAAAGUCAGGAGGAGGCAGGUCACAAAGAUGCUGUUCGUGCUGGUGGUGGUGUUUGGCAUCUGCUGGGCUCCCUUCCACACCGACCGCCUCGUCUGGAGCUUUGUGUCCACCUGGACCAGCACCAUGCUCCACAUGUUCCAGUACGUCCACAUCAUCUCAGGUGUCUUCUUCUACCUGAGCUCGGCUGCCAACCCCAUCCUCUACAACCUGAUGUCCACGCGGUUCCGGGAGGUGUUCAAGGAGGUGAUGUGCCGCCCCGGGCGCGCGCCCCGGGCGCGGGAGCCGUCGCCCAGCGUCACCCGCGCCACCACGCGCAGCACCGACUGCGAGCCCGCUGCACUGCCCCUCUGCCACGCCCAGGAGCACGAGCUGCAGGACAUGCAGAGGGGCCAGGCCGCCACCCACGCAGAGUCCCUCUGCUGAACAGUGGGAGGACAGGGAAGGACCCUGGGACCUUCACCGCCAGCGUCCGUCUGACUGUGGCACUCGUGGUGGGGAGCGGGCAGGAGCGAGGGGGGGUCCCAGCCUCUCUGUGCUGUCCCACUGGGAUGGAAAGGUAGCAGCAGCACUGCUCCAGGGACAUGGUGGCAGUGACCUUGCUGUGCCCUGGAUGCAUGGCAAUGCGUCCCAGUGUCCUCAGCACCAGAGCAUCCCUUGUGGCGUGGGGACAGCUGACUUCUAAGUCAGGGAUAUGUCAGCAAUCCCUAAAAAUAUUCCAUCCCUUGUGGCCCAGUGGGGUGAACCCGCAGGUACUGGAGCUGGGGGCUCAGGCAUCCCAGGCUGUUUUAGGACACAGGGAUGGAUGGGUGUCCCCAGAGGUGCUUGCACCUGGGCUGAGAUCCAGGGCUGUGUGAGAGGUUUGCAUGGGAUUGUGGAAAAAUCUCAUGGAGAAAAAAAGGUUUGUGGGUGCCUUCUCCCUUGAGACAUCUCUAUCUGGCACCAGUGUGACCCUGAUUUCCUGGCACAUCUCUUCAGUGGUGCCAGCUGGUGCCUGGCUGCAGGGUGCUGGUACAGCUCCUUGCUCCCAGCCUUUCUCAUGCCCUGCAUUCCCAGCCCUUUGAGGGCAAGGGAAGGAGCAUGGCUGCUCCCUCCAGAGCUGGAGUCUGCGGGGGAAAAUAUGGGACAAAGGGAUCUCCAGGCUGUCUGUAGUGCCAAGGCAGAGCUCCAUAGCUGUCUGUGUCACAUGAAUAUGCUCCCCUCUCCCCUCUCUGAGCAGCAUGUGCUGGCUGCCAGUCUUUUCUUCCUCUGCCCACCGUGGUCACCUGAACUUGUGGGGAAUGUGGGGAGCCCUCCUCCAUCCCUGCCCUGCAUGGGCUGAGCCUUGCUGAGAAUUAAAAAAAACCACUGGCCUGAUUUGUGCCCUGCUUGUGUCCCCUAGCACCCAGCUCUGCUCCAGCACGGGACUGAGCCCAGGCCAUGCUCCUGGGGAGGGUGAUGGAUGAGCCACGUGCCAGGGUGAGGGACACCAGGGCUGUUUCACCAGCUCUCCCUGGGGCUCUGCUGCUGUGGUGGGUCUGCAGGUCCAGGGACACUGUGGGCACGGCAGGGAGGGCACCAGUGGGACGUCUGCACCCUUCCUGGCCCCUCAGGCUGAGCUAGGGCUGGGGCCUGUGCAGAGGGACAGCCUCUGGAGCCGUGGCCAUCAGUCCUUCCUCAGACACACGGCUUGGAAAAUGUCACAAAAAUGCCAGGGAGUGUGGGCUGGCUGGUCACGCUCUGCCAGGCUGGAAGGACCCAUUGAUUUCCUGUCUGAGAUCAAUGUGCUGCCUUCCCCACGUACACCAGGUCCUGCAGGAUGAAAUACUGAGGAUCUGAAAUGGGAGCUGCGGGGCCGCCCAGGCAGUUUGAGCUCUUGUUUUGCACUUUUGCACUACUUACUCAACCCCAACUCCCUCACAGCCAGCUCUGCAGGCUGCCCUGGCUCAGCUGACCACGGCCGUGCCUCUGGUCAGCAUGGGCUUGCCUGGGGCUUGCUUGAGCAGAAAUACUGGAUGGGCAAGCCCCAGGCAGAGCGCUGGCAGCUGCUACUCUGCUUCCAGCCCCUCCUAAGCCAUUGCAUGGGACCAUAGCCAGGCCAGUGACCAGGAAGAGGCAGGGUUUGGGGCUUGCACACUCCCUCCUGCCCCCAUCCACCCAGCCCCUAGUUCAGGGGCAGUGCAGCUGGCUUCCCCUGCUCCCCACCCACGGCCAGGUCUGCCAUGGGCAAAGCCCUUCCUUGACCCCUGAGGGUCCUGAUGGUGCUGCUGGGUCAGGGUGGGCAUUGGGCUGCAGUAACUUUGUGUUUCAGGGUCCUGCUGACUGCCUCUCUCUGGAGGAUGUCAGAGUGACCGAGGGCAUUGAGAUCUGUCUUUUUCAUCCUCUCUCUCCUGUCACUGAUGGUCCUGGCAGGGCACAGCACCCUGGCAGCCCUGUGGGGCCCCUUGUGGCUGCUGCGUGGGUGGAGGUGACUGAUGCCUCCUUGAUGGCCAUUAUUGCCCCAUCUCACUUCACCCAGCUGCUUCCUCAGCCACAAAUCUCCAGGGAAUGGCUUUUUAAUAGGCAGUCAAUAGUAUUUUAUAAUGUAGUGACAGACGCCUCUGUGGAGUUUUGGGUCCCUCGUGCUGCACGAGGGCAAACUUGUCCUGCUGUUCCUGAGCAGCCAAGUGCCUUGGCCAGUGUCAGAGUGUGUCAGAGUCUGUGUUCCCAGGGCUUUUUUACAGGAUCCUUGUUUGCAGCACAGCUGGGAUGGAGUCCAGAGCAGCCAGAAAGGUGAGGCACUGGCUUUGCCUUUAUCCAGCCUUGUGUUCACAGGACAUCUCCUGACCUGGGACUCCCCAUCCUCCUUGGUGAUCCCAAAUUCAGACAUCUCCUGACCUGGGACUCCCCAUCCUCCUUGGUGAUCCCAAAUUCUCCUCUCUGACACACAAGGGGAGUACGCAGCUCAAGCCCUGGUACACUGGGUGCUGGUGCUGGGGCUGCCCCCCCACCCACUCCACAUGCACAGCUAGGCCAGGAUCACCCUGGAAAGCAUCCCAAAACUUGUCAGAGCACAGCUGGUGGCAGUUCCUGGGUGGAUCUGUAUGGGCAGACUUUGCUGCCCUGGCUGGGUUUUGAUGUGGAGACUUCCCGGGUACCAAAUGCCAGCUGGGCUCCCAAGAGAUGCUGGAAUCAAAGGCUGCUGGACAAGUCCUUUAAUCCUAUAAUUAAUGAAUGCAGGAAACCUAAUAAAAAAGGAACUGAUCUCCUCAGGGAGAAUUGUUUCAUGAAGAGCAUUUUACACCUCUCCACCACUGGGAAGGCAGUGGGUGAGGACUCCUUCCUGCCUCAGGCUCACUGCAGCCCCAGGAAGGGAAAUGAUGCUCCCACUGCCCUGAGCCCUCAGGGCCAGCCUGGCCCUGCCACCCUCCCAGGAUAAAUUAGAGGGAUUAUUCCUCCCAGGGAGGUGAUAUAGAAGCAAAGGGAUGGGGAAGGCAAGGAUGGGCAAGUCGUUCCCACUGCUCCCACCCCUGUGACUGGCCAGGGGCAAUGGUGCUGCAGCAUGGCUGGGCAGAAAGAGCAUUCCAAAACUGCCUGGGAGUCAAAUAAAUAUUUCAGAGCCCAAGGGACCCCAGAUGGGUCAGAGCAGAGGCAAAUUGAGGGGCCAGCAGAGGCAGGGAGUGUGUGGAUGCCAUUGCUCUGUGUCUUUGCUCAGAGCAGGGAGAAGCAUCUCUCUGUCCCUGCAAUAGGGAGCACGUGGUCAGGUUGGGCUCCAUGCCACCAUCUCCUCUCCAAACACUUUGUUUCUGAAGAGCUGCUCCCCAAAACGUGUCCAUCUGUCCUCCCAGACUUAUAGCAGCUCUGUCCAGCUGCCAGCUCCUGCCAAAUCACCUGCUCCUGGCUGCAGGAGCACCCUCCUGCCCCCGUGCCAGCUCAGCUCCUGGAGCUGUUUCCCCCCACGCUGCUGCAUGCCCUGAGUGACACCAGAGCUUCCAGUGAAAAGAUUUAUCACCACAGCUUUGGGGAUUAAAAAGCAAUUCAUCUAUGAGGCUGCCCCAGCCUUGUAAGGCUUUUUUUUUGUGCUGUGAUUAUUUGCAACAAGCAUGGGGUGGGUUUUUUUUCCUUUACAGAGCCAAACUCAAGUUUUACAGCGAUUGCCUUGUAUAUCUGUAGCCAUGAUAAAUGGCUCCAGAGUGUGCCAGCGGAUUUUUUUGCUGCCCCUUUUCAAGGGAAAAUGGUUUCAAGGGAAGGGUUGUUUUUCCCUUUCUUCACACAGUCAUGGGAUGGGGAAAACUCGUACAGUGUGAAUUUGGCAAAACCACUGUGAGCCUGGGAAUGAGCAGUCCCUGCUUAGGACUGGGCAGGGGGGCAGGCUUGGGCUGCCCAGCCAUGGAUGCAGCACAGCAGCCUUCCCCACCAAGAUCCCAGCCUUUGUCAGGGGGGAGGGAAGCAGGAAAAUGUAGAUGUCAGGAAGCUGUGCUGGGUUUGAGCUUAGGCUGUGUCUAGAACCAUAUUUCAUUUGUUCCCCUUACUCCAGGCUGGUGGUGGUGGUGAAAAGCCAUCACACAGUGCCUACAGAUGGUGAUGGGCAGGGAGGCAAACAGACAGCAAGGAAUCAUAGAAUCAUGGAAUAGUUCAGCUUGGAAGGGACCUUUGAAUGUUUUCUAGCUCAGCCCCCAGUGUACAUGUGCAGAACUGGAUUCUGCUCCUCGGGGACACCUCUGGGCUCAGUUUUCAGGCCCACAGCAGAGGCAGCCCAUCUUCCUGCCUGGCUGCUCAGUGCCUUCCCCAAAGGAUUCUCACAGAAAUCACCUCCCAGGCAGGCACUGCAGGGAGGCUGGGAGGAGGCAGCGUGGGGAGCACAGCCCAGCACGGGGCUGGCUGCAGGAGCUCAGCUGCAGCUCUGGAGGCUCAGCUGACUCAGCAGUGCUGCACUGUGGCUGUCACCUGCACUAGGGACAGUCUCCUCUGUGUCACAGCAAUCCCAACAGCCCUGCCGGGAUGAGGCCACGUGCAGGGUCCUUGCACCCCACCCCUCCCGACCUUAGGGCACACAGGGGGAAACAGGAGCUAGAGGGACAAAGGGCAUCUCCAAGGAGUGAAGGACUCUGUGUUGCUCUGUGUAUGAAAUCCCACUGCCCUGCUGCCAGGGUGAGGGGAAGGACAGAGGUGCCAAGCACAGUGCCCUGCCCCACAGUCUGGCAGGGACAAUAAAAGCCACUGGGCACCUUCACAGGCAUCAUCUGAGCGGGGUUAAAACCCCAGCACGAUGGGUUAGAAGAGAGAGGGGCUAGCCCACAUCUUCUCCUGUAGCAACUGUGGUUGCUAAAGCUGGCAGAAUUUAUGUCAGAGAAGCUUGUGUGAUGCUUAAUUUUGUUCAUGGGGACACUUUGGUUAAGAAAACAGAAGUGAGGAAAG